UUGCCCUUGGGCUGGAGAAAGAAAAUAUAUUAGGAAUGAUUGUUUGUCAGGGAAAUGGCAUAUUUAUUUGCAUGACCAAGUUUUGUUACUGGUAUUAUGCUCCUUCCUUUUAAAAUUAGGUAUAUAAGUCAGCCAUGUCCUUAAAUGUUCCCCUAAAGAGAAUAUCCAAAAUGGGUUUGGAUAAACAUCAGGGAAACAGGAAGCCCUAGGACAUCACAGGUUAUUUGAACAGUUUAAAACACUUUAUACAUCCUUAGUACUUCUUUUUAUUCCUUUGCUUCUUUUUUCACCCUAUGUGUCCAUCUUUGCUAGAAAUGUGCAUAGCUGAUACUUUUAUUUGUGUUCCAUUCUGGAUUUUGUGGGGGCAUGCCUUUUUUGUUUUUCUCUCUUCAUGCACUAUUUCAUACAUGUAAUAUGCAUAGGAUGAUGUUAUUAUCUGCAAAAUUUCCUGGGUGAUUUGACAAGCAGUGAGAAAAAGAUUUAACAAAACAGGGAAACACAGAAAAAUAUGCAAUUCUUCUGUACCCCUAAUUGGUUAACACAAAUACUUUGUGUUUAGGAAGUUGAUUCCUGGAAGUCAACUAAAGAACAUGAACAUGAAAUAAGAGCUUUUGUUAUGGUUUUACCUCAGGUUAACAGAAAAGUCCCAUGUGUAAUCUCUACUUUCCAUUUCCUGACACACUGUUUCCUUGCCUUUGCCCUUGUCCUUGUAUUUGUCAUCUCCUUCUUCUGGUUCUCCUUCUGCUGCUGUGACUUCUGCUUUGUGUAAUACUGCUUUCUUAUUUUAUUGUAUCUUUGUUCUCGCUGCACUUUAUGAUAUUUGAUUUGUGUCCCCUAGUGUACUGAUAUUGUAUUAUGUUUUUAAUUUGUUGCUUUGUCUAUCUGUUGUUAACUGCCUGGAGUGGCCUUGGCUGCCAGAUGGGUGGUAUACAAAUCAAAUCAAAUCAAAUCAAUCGUUCUUAAUAUUACGACAUUGUUACUAGAUGUUGAAGUUUGGAAAAGUGAAGGAUUCCACAGAAUCUUUAGAAUAAAUAAAUUAAUUUUAAUAUAUUAUUUUGUAAUUGUCUGCAGUCCCAUAACAGUGGGGAAAUCACUAUAAUUUUCUGUAGUCCUCUGUCCAGAGCACAAGCGAUGGAAUUGUCAGAUGAGUACCUGUUCAAAUACAAAGGAAUCUAUUUUAUGUCUGAUGUGGUUACACCAGAUUAUCUGGAUUCCCUGGAGGAUUUUGAUAUCAGAGACAGUGAUGUAUUUCUUGUCACUUAUCCAAAAUCAGGCACAGUGUGGACCCAGAACAUUCUGAGCAUGAUACAUUAUGAAGGUCAUCGAAAUGGGACUGAAGAGACAGAUUUACUGGACAGAAUGCCAUGGCUGGAGUACAACAUCCGUAAUGUGGAUUGGAGCAAGCGUGAAUCACCACGUCUCAUUGCUUCUCAUUUGCCCUAUUACUUGGUACCAAAGGGAUUAAGAAAUUGCAAAGGAAAGGUUAUUUAUGUGCUCAGAAACCCAAAAGAUGUCUUGGUCUCAUACUAUCAUUUUUCCAAAUUUUCACGCAAAGUGGAAGAAACAGACUUUGUUUUGAUGGAACAGUUUCUAGAUGGCAAAGUGUUAGCUGGUUCAUGGCUGGACCAUGUAGAAGGCUGGUCUGCUCACAGGGAUGACUUCAAUAUUCUCUUCCUUACCUAUGAAGAAUUGAAGAAGGAUCUAAGAAGCUCUGUAUUGAAAAUUUGCAGCUUCCUAGGGAAGAAGCUGACUGAAAAGGAGGUAGAUGAAGUGGUGGAUAAGGCCACAUUUGAUAAAAUGAGGAAGGAUCGAAGGGCAAACUAUAAGCACUUGUCAUCUGAGCUCGUAGAUCACACAAGAGGAAGCUUUCUUCGCAAAGGUGUUGUUGGAGACUGGAAAAACAUGAUGACUGUUGCCCAGAAUGAAAGAUUCAACCAUGUUUUUAAGAAAAGAGUGGAAAAGCUACCCUUCAAAUUCUGCUGGGAUAUGAGCUUGAAUUGACAGACCUUUCUCAUUUGCCUUGUACAUAAUUCUGAUUUUCAGAAACAUGCUACUUCUUUUUCUUUCAAAUCAAUAUGUGAAUUUUUUUACUAACUGUGCUUUGUGUGCAUUACUCACAUUGUAUGUUAUUUUUCUAAAUUAUCACUGGGUGAGAGUACAGUGAUGUUCUUGUGCAGCAGAGUAAAUCAACAUUCUACAAGGCAAUUAUAAAAAUGGGAGCAGCCCAAAGAAACAUUUAUAACAUUGAAACUGGACUUUGCAUCAGCACUAAAUCUGGCACAUAUGUAGCAUGCAGAAUUUUCUUGUUCUGUCCCAAAUUUGAGGAGGUUUGGACAAAGGGUUUUUAAGUUACAAGUUUUGAAACAUAAAACUUUUUAAACUCCUCUGCAGAAAUAAGUGACCUUAAACACAC